AGCUUUAUUUCGACGUUUUAAUCCCCCACAAAAUACGGCUAUAUUUUGGAGGUCUGCGGGGGAUUCAUCUUCGUUGGUUUUUUGUUUUGUUUGAAACCGGUACGGCAAAACCUUUUCCGCCCAUGGCUAGUGAAUCCGAUAUACGUGCUAUCCUUACUCGUGCCUUGGAUGCCGAUGAGGCUGGCAGGAAAGAUGAGGCCAUCAACCUGUACGGACAGGCAGUGGAGCAAAUACUGCGGCUGGAUGAUCGCGAAAAGAAAGACAAGUUGAGCAAGUUUGCCAAACAAGCGCUUGACCGGGCGGAGGAGCUGAAAGGGAUUAAGUACACCGGCCACAAUCCGGUUCCGGGCGCAAGUCUCACGCCGACCGCUUCAAAUCCUGUCGUUCGUAGUAGUGCAAAUUUGGCUAGUCCAUCUCGUUCCGGACCAACGCUUGCGAUAAGUGGCAGCAAGCAUGCCUACACGAACGAAGAAAAGAAGGUGCUCGAGCAUACGUCACACAUUAACGCGAAGGUUUACGUCCCGUUCAUGGACAUUGAUCUGGUGGAAAAGUUCCACUUCCCGAUGCCGUACACCGACAAGGACGGCUACCUCGAACUGGCCCCGAAACAGAAGCGCGACUUUGUCAGCUGGGUGCGGGUGAGCGAGCUCAGCGAAAACCCGCAGCUGAUCGUAGGUGACCAUGCCGAUUUCUACAGCAUACGGCAGACAGUCGUCUCGGACUGCAGUUUUGUGGCAUCGCUGGCGGUCGCAUCGCAGUUCGAGAAAAAGUUCAAACGACGCAUACUGACGUCGAUAAUUUAUCCACGUAACAGCAAGGACGAGCCAGUGUACAAUCCAAGCGGGAAGUAUUCGAUCCGCAUGCACGUGAAUGGCAUCCCGCGGAAGGUGGUGAUUGACGACUAUCUCCCGCUCGGACGCUACAAUCAGCUGUUGUGCUCGUAUUCGAGCAAUAAGAACGAGUUUUGGGUGUCACUGCUGGAGAAGGCGUAUAUGAAGCUGAUGGGAGGCUACGACUUCCCGGGUUCGAAUAGUAAUAUCGAUCUUCACGCGCUAACGGGAUGGAUUCCGGAGCGAGCAUUGGUGAAAUCGAGCGAACCGGAUUUUAAUGCCGAUGCCGUGUUCGCCAGACUGCAGGAGGGCCUUAGUAUGGGCCGGUGUCUGGUGACGGUCGCUACCGGUGAACUUUCGGACGCGGAAGCCGAACGGACUGGGCUCGUAUCGACGCACGCGUACGCCGUGCUCGAUAUGCGCGUCGUGGAUGGCGUGAAAUUGCUGCAGCUAAAGAACCCUUGGUCGCACCUCCGCUGGCGGGGCAAUUACUCCGAGCUGGACGUGAUCCACUGGACAUCGGAGCUCCAGCGGACACUCGGUUAUGAUCCGAAGCUUGCGGCCACAUACGACAACGGCGUGUUUUGGAUCGACUAUCCUUCGAUCAUAAACUUCUUCGACGUAUUCUACCUGAACUGGGAUCCGUCGUUGUUUCAGUACACCUACUGCAUUCACCAGUCGUGGAGUGCCGGCGUUGGCCCGACGAAGGAUGCGUACAACGUGGGUGACAAUCCGCAGUUUAGUUUAACCGUGCCGGCGGGCCGCGGGUCGGUCUGGAUACUGCUUACCCGACACAUCACGAGCAUUGAGGAUUUCCGGGAGAACCACGAGUACAUAACGGUGCUGGUGUACAACAGUGGCGGCAAGCGGGUAUACUAUCCGACCGAUCCACCACCGUACAUCGACGGGGUGCGCAUCAACAGUCCGCACUAUCUGUGCAAGAUCCGGCUAGAUCCAAACUCGGAACGCCGGUAUACGUUGGUCGUUUCACAGUACGAAAAAACGGCCACCAUCUAUUACUCGCUGCGGGCCUACAGUAGGACAAAAUUUGAACUCAAACAGCUGGGCCCGCGCUAUCAGACCGUUGAAAAUCUGAACGGUGAAUGGAAGGGAAAGACGGCGGGUGGCUGCCCUAACCAUCCGCUGACGUACAAAAACAAUCCGCUCUACCGGCUUCACAUUGGUCCGGCCGACAUGAGCGAUCUGGUGAUCGAACUGCGCGGCCCCAAGGUGUAUCAGGUCGGCCUUGAGCUGACGGUGGCUUCCCUGGAGGACUCCACCGUAACGGCACCGUUCGUGGCGGAGAAGACGGGCGUGUACCGGUCGGGGUUCUGUGUGCUCGACCUGGCGAACAUUCCGGCCGGUGUGUACCACGUGCGGCCGUCCACCUUCCUACCGGAGCAGGAAUCACCAUUCUUUCUGAAGGUGAAAUCAACAACGAACGUGGUGGUAGAGAAGCUUAACUGAAGAUCACCAAGAGCGCGCAGCUUUUUGUUAAAAAGUCCAUUUUACCAAGCAAAGCUUUACCAUUUUAACGUGUUAAUUGUUCACCAUAUUUGGUUUAUUUUGUUAUAAUCCGUAUACUCGCUGUUACCGCUACCAAUCGAAUGUAUAAUGAUGAAAAUAGUUUUAAAUGUGAAAAUAAAGUUAAAAAAUAAGAGAGAUUGCU